CUCAGCAGUGAUCAUGUAGCCCGCAGUAAAGACUGUAAUCAUAGUAAACAACACUCGUCAGUAUUCAUGUCUUUAUCUAUCGGUUUCAAGACUAGAGUCUGUUUAUAUUCUUGUGCAUUAACUCAUCUUAAAUCAUUUAGAGUCUGAUUUGUAUAUAUUUAAUUGUCUUUGAUUUUAAUUGAAUUUUAUGUCUACUUCAACUGCUCGACAAGAAGAAAUGGAUAGAAAGUCUCGUGUAGCCGGAGGUCGAAAUGUGUUGUGCUUGUUUGAUGUGGACGGAACGCUGACACCCCCGAGAGAGAAGAUCGACCCUGAGCUGGAUGAUUUCUUCCAGGCCUUGAGAAAGAAGGUGAAGAUCGGCGUGGUGGGCGGCUCAGAUUAUUCCAAAAUCGCAGAACAGCUCGGAGACGGAGAUGAAGUCAUACACAAGUUUGACUACGUCUUUGCAGAAAAUGGAACUGUACAAUAUAAAGACGGCAAACUCAUCUCCAAACAGGCCAUCCAGAAUCAUCUGGGCGAGGAGUUACUGCAGGAUCUCAUCAACUUCUGUCUCAGCUACAUGGGGCUCAUCAAACUACCCAAGAAACGAGGGACGUUCAUUGAGUUUCGUAACGGCAUGAUCAACAUCUCACCCAUCGGACGCAGCUGCACGCUAGAAGAGCGGAUCGAGUUCUCUGAAAUCGACAAGAGAGAGAAGAUACGAGAGAAGUUUGUGGCGGCUCUGCAGAAGGAGUUUGCUGGAAAAGGCCUGCGGUUUACCAGAGGGGGUUUGAUCAGUUUCGACAUCUUCCCAGAGGGCUGGGACAAACGCCUCUGUCUGGAAGUCCUGGAGCAGGAAGGACUGGACGCCAUCUACUUUUUCGGCAAUGAAACUUCAUUGGGUGGAAAUGACUACGAGAUCUUCGAAGACCCUCGUACCAUCGGCUUCACCGUCUGCUCCCCUGAAGACACGGCGCGGCUCUGCAGAGAGAUGUUCUUUAACGCUCCACCCAACGAGGCGUGAAAGUGUGCGUCUGUGUGCACCUGCACGUACACAGACCGCCUGUGUGCAGCACUACUGCGCCCGCUGCUGGACACUGUGGGUAACACAGUCUGACAACCAUCAGACAUCCAGACAGAGCCAAACCACUGCUGAUCCACAGACUACAGGGACUGUAUAUACAUAUCACUGACACAGCCUCAUCAGUGUGCUCAUAGUUUUAGAAACAUUUUAAUGGUUUCAAAUCUAAAGAUUUACCCUCUUUUUAUAAUAAAAGCUGUUGUCCUGUAGCCACGUUCGCACUGCAACAUUUCCGGAGUGACCGAUAUAUAUAAAAUAAUGACUGAUUCACAGGAAACAGGACUCACUCCAGAAAUGUUGAUGGUUGACACAAUGCAGGGUUUGACGGCUCAAAACUGUGAACUUAAAACAUGGAAGCCAGCCUUAUUUAACUCUGCUUUUUUUUUAACCAAAGUAACAUUAGCAAUCAGUUUUUAGUAAGUGUUGUGUGUUUGUUUACCCAGUGUGCUCUUUCACAUAACGGUGCUAAUUUAGUUAAAUGAAUUAAAUGAUUACAUUUUUAAAAAGAAUUAGGGGAAUAAUAGAAAUAUUGUACAAUUUAUGGUAAAAUCAUGCAUUUUAAAUGUUUUACUUUAAAAUAUUCGCACUUCCACUCUUAAUAUAUGCUCAUUAAAUAUUGUCUUGCCGCAUUGACAAUAACAAACAUUACAGGAAUCACAACGACUAUAUGAUAUCUUUACCGUCGAAAGUGUGACAAAACGUUGAGUAGUUUUCAUACCUGGACAUUAAUGUUGGUCAUUUAGCAUUUCUGUCGGAUAUUAAACGUUUAGCUAUAACCUACAUCUUACCUCACAUUCUUCAACCAUUAAAACUUAAGCAUAGCACUGGAAUAUUCGCUCAGCUUCUUUGAACCGCAAACGUUGCCUCCUUUUAUUUGAUUGGCCAUCUCAAAUAUUUCACAUUGAUGAGCGCCUUUAUAGGCAGAAACAAAUGAAACCUGUCAUAAACUGAGCAAUAAAGUGCAGGUGAGCAGCAUCAAGAAUAUCAGAAACUAAAAGACAAAUCUGGCCAUAUCUGAUUCUUAAUCAGUUCUGCAGAGGUUACGGCCUUUGGUUGGUGAAAUAGCUUAUUGAAGUAUGUAUUUUUUAGAGUGUUUGCUCAUCUGCACAUCUAUGACGUUUCCUUUCAGAUGUCUGUAAGAUGUCUUUAAGAUGUUUAUGAUUUAGAAUGCAUGUAAAACUGAGAUCUUAAAAAUGUCUGUCAGAUGUUUAUAAACAGCAGAUGUUUUCCAGACCAAGCAAUCUUUAAUAGUGAGGAUCAAAAGAGCAUUCGCUUCCAUGUUGAGUUCAAGUUUUGUUCUGCUUCUCUGAUCUUAUUUACUGUUGCAGGUGAUUUGAGAUGUGAGAUGUCUGUGUUUAAUUGAAUGUGGAUUGUUCAUCCCCGUCUGUACUCUUGGACUGGCCUCCGAGAUAUUUACAAGAUUAUGACAGCUCUGCAUAUUUAAGUGUUUGUUGUAUAGUAUAUAGUGUAGAGGAUAUGAGAUUGCCGGAAAUGAUAAAACCUCAUCAGAUUUGACACCGUGUUAAAAUAUUAGUUGAUUGAUAUGUGGAAUCGCUCUCUUUUACGUGAUAUUUAUGUGUGAAUCAUUCCAGCCAGAGUCAGCGUCGGCGCUGAAACACUCCUGAAAACACGGCGCUGAUCUCAUAGAUUUCCAGGGCAUUGUGAGACGUUUAACUGGAUCUCAAGUAUUUCUAAUUCAGAAUCAAUAGUCCGAUUGAUCUCGUGCUAUGAAUGUUGCUUUAUAUCUGAUUGCAUAAAUGCACUUUAACUUGAAUUGAUUCAUAUCCAAAAAUUACACAGCUGAUGUAAACCGUGCCAUAUUAAAGAAAUCAUGUGACCUUUUUAAGCAAACUCAUUCAUUGAAUGUGUUUUUUUCUGUCACUCUUAAAAGAAAGUAAAGUUGUAUCACUUCACUCACAAACUGAAACAGGAAUGUUAUUUUCACGAAAUUUGAAAGAAAGAAAAAAAUCAGUGUAAAAUGCAAAUGCUGAUAUGCCUUGUGAUGAACCAUGAAUGUGUCUGUUUAUUUUAAAUACACGUUUUUUUCUUAAUGAA